AUGGAUGUGAAUGCUUUAUCUUUGCAAACAAACACACAGACUUUAAAGUCUGUCUCUCCACUCUCUCGAUCCUUACAGAACAUUCACAACAACCCUCACACACAACCGGACGCCUUCCCCCCCCCCCCCCUCUCGAGAUCCGACAGCCACCGAGAUGGAGGACAGGCGCCGUUAUGGCGGUUCACCGGCCACCGGAAUCCAUCUCCGACGCCGUGUGGUUUGACAAACACCCACCCACACCCCGUUUUCUCUUACAUCGCCGGCCACCACCAUCGAUUUGAUGGCGGCAGACAUCAACAGCAACCGGAGGAGUUCCGGUGGUUUUCUCCGACGAACGACGUAACCCCCCCCUGUUACAGAAUAACGGCUGCCACCACCAGCUGGUGGUGGCGUGCGGCGGUGCGACCAGGGAAAGAACGAGAGAGAGAGAGAGAGAACCGGUGGUCCUUGUUGUUAUCCAACGGAUUUCGCCGUUUUUCCGGCGGUCCGUGCCUCGAUCCAGUGGUUCCUCUUGGUCCGACGGGUCUCACGGCUUCGCAGUGGUUCGAGUCCGGUCAGAAUCGGCCCAGAAGAGUUCAUGUUCAGGUUGGUUGUUUGGGGUUCCAUGGAAGCUUCGGUUCGGGUUUCGUGCUCGGGUUCGGGUCAAACCCGGUUGACUCGGUCAACACCCGAGUCAACUCGGGUCAACAGCGGGUCAACAUAGUCAGAAGUCAACGGCUGGUCAACAGGAACUUCGGGCUCAGAUUUGGAAUUUCGGGUCAACCCGGGUCAAACUCGGUCCGACUCAGCUUGACUCGGUCCAACUCGGCUCGACUCGGUUCAUCUCGCCUCAACUCAGUCAACAAGAGCUGACUCGGUCAACUCAGUCAGACGGCUCGACUUUUCGGCGUGAAGACUUGGUAAAAAUUGAUGACGCGUUUAAUAUUUGUGUUUUAUAUAGAAUUAAUCUUACGCUCGACCCGAUUUAAUUUAGUGAUAGUUUAUAUUUCGUCAAUAUUACAAAAUUACAUAUGUUGAUUGAAUUUUGAAUAAAUAACGACAAUGUUGUCGGGGGCGUCAAAAAACAGAGGAAACUCUGCCUGUUUUUCGAGAAAAACCCGUAAACACGACACGUAUUAUAUUUCAAAAACGACAUUUAAUGGGAUUCGAGUU